CCCCGGCAGGCCGGCGGCGAGGAGACGAGGCGGAUCCCGGUGCCGGCCAACAGGUACACGCCGCUCAAGGAGAACUGGAUGAAGAUCUUCACGCCCGUCGUGGAGCACCUGCAGCUGCAGAUCAGGUUCAACCUGAAAACGAGGAACGUCGAAAUCAAGACUUGUCAAGAGACGAAGGACAUAAGUGCUCUAACGAAAGCGGCUGACUUUGUGAAGGCGUUUGUGCUGGGCUUUCAAGUGGAGGAUGCUCUUGCACUCAUCAGAUUAGAUGAUCUUUUUCUAGAAUCUUUUGAGGUUACAGAUGUCAAGCCUUUGAAAGGAGACCAUCUGUCAAGAGCAAUAGGGAGAAUAGCAGGGAAAGGUGGAAAAACCAAGUUCACUAUAGAAAACGUGACAAGAACACGAAUAGUUCUUGCUGACACAAAAAUUCAUAUUUUGGGAUCUUUUCAGAACAUAAAAAUGGCACGGACAGCAAUUUGCAAUCUAAUUUUAGGGAGUCCACCCUCCAAAGUCUAUGGCAAUAUUAGGGCUGUGGCCAGCAGAGCAGCUGAAAGGUUCUGAGAUGCAAAGUGCUGCUGCCACUCCGAGAACUGGGG